AUGACAUACAUCACUUACUGGAGUGAAUGUGGCCCUGCAAAGGAUGUCAAGGCUGCAUUUGACCUUAAUGUGGAGACUCACAGACAGCGCCGGGCAGCAGGAGCCGGGUGCGCAGGAGGUGAGCCGGCGGGCGCUGAGAAGGAGCUGCUGUACCCGGUCAUCUCCGAGCCGCGUUGUCGUCUCCUCCUGCCCCGCGGAAGGCCGCCUGGGGCUGAGAUAAUGGCAUUUCCUGUGGACGUGUUGUAUGGCUACACUCAUGAAGACUUGGAGAGCUCUGCACAAGACUAUUUGUCUGAACUUCGGCGUAGGGAUCCAUGUUAUCCUGAAUUGUUCACCCUAUCAGACGACUGCCAAAUUCCUAUUAAGUUGUCAACUGUGGGCCUCGUUCCUCUUUAUGGUGAAGAGGAGACGCACAAAGUUCUUGGUUUGUUUGCGCCAGACGACUGUCUCACAGCUGUAGCCCUGUUUCUUGCUUGCAAGUGGUGGUCGAUUGAUGACAUUUUGAGAACAUCUGUUUCUUCUAGAGAGGGGCUUCAGCAGGUGAAUUCUGUGGGGGAGAGGAUAGUUCUGUAUGUUCUGAAUCGAAUUAUCUAUCGCAAAUUUGAAAUGGAGAGAAACGAGGUCCCAUUCCUUUGUCACAAAAGUGAUGAUUAUGCUAAGAUCAUGUGGAGAAAAGGAGAGGCUGUUGGGUUCUAUUCCGUUAAACCUACAGGAGCUUAUAUCAACCGGUUCUAUCCUUACGGUUACCAGCUACCGGUGCUGAACGCAAUGUUUAUAAGAAAUAAGUGUUAUGGGAAAGAACUGGGGAUAAUGAUGUUAGAAGACUACGUGGAAUCUUUUGAUGAAACCACUCUUGGUCUACAAUAUCCUCUGUCACCCCGCAUGUUCAAAGCUUGGAAGGACUAUUUAGAGAAGUACCCUGGGGAUAGUGACCCUUUUUGUGAAGUGGAAGGAGCUGGACGUUGGUACCAGAGAAAAUCCUUUGACGUUGUAUCAAGAAGGGAAGAACAUCGAAAGGGCUCUCAGAAACCAAGGGUGCGUUUCCAGACAGUGGAUAAUUUUCAGCAAUCUGCAGCAAAUGAACUAAAGAUGAAUCAAGAAACACAGCUAAGUGCUGACUCUCAAAAAGACCAAGAAUCAUUAGAUGACCAUGCAGGCACAUCUGAAGUCUCAAGUGUAGCACACAUUUCUGUUCAGGCACGAAGCAGUCUUUUAAGACGUCCCAGGAUAGGAAAAAAUAGCCAGGAAUCUGGAACUGAAAUAUCCCAAGGAGAUGACGAAAAUACUCCUCACACAUCAACAGGCAGGCUAGAACUUCCAGCUCACACAUCUAAAAGCUUUGAAGUCAUAGAGGAAGAACCUGAGGUUGAUGUUGAAAGUGAUGAGGAAAUGGUCACUGCAGAAGAGUACCUCAGUUCAUCAGAAAAUGAGCUACAUACAUCACAAUCCGAGAAGCUGAGUGAGAAGGAGGGAACUCCAUCUGAAUCUCUUAAUGGGGAGGUAGCAGAAGAAACUGCUAAGACCUUAGUUAUGGCUGAAGAGGAAACUGCAAAUGAAGUCCUAGGUGGUGAAUCAAAGUUGCAGUCUAAAAGUCAAGAAGAACCCUUAACACUGCUUGUUCCAUUAAUCCUUGAGCCUACAACAAAACCUUCAGAAGAUGCUGUGUCAAAGGAGGUUUUAAAUGCAGAUGAUUCAGAAGAACUGACUGAAGAAAGUGCAUCAGUGGAAAAGAAGGACACUGAGGAAGACAAGCAAGAAUCUGAAGAAAAAAAAUCGUCCACUGAAAAUGUAAUUGCUUUAACACCAAAGGAAGAACUCUCAAACAAUGGCCUACCAAACUCUAUUGAAAAUGAAGCAGUAGAAGAAGCUGCUUCUGAAAACGUGGCACACAAACCAGCUUCCUCGGUGGAAGAUCAAAACGAGGAAGCAGAGCAGAACUCACAGGAGGCUUCUGUUGCUUUGGGUCAGAGCUCUUUGAUAGUGGUUGAACUGGAGGGUGUUUCUUUUCAGCAGCCUUCUGGACAGGAAGGACAGAAUAACCAGACAGAAGAGCACUUGGAGGAGAAUGCUGAGAAGGCAGAGCAGUGCACGCAGACAAACCAGUACACACAGACGGGAGCUGAGCGGGCGGCUGACAGCAGCUCUGAGGAAGCAGAAAUUGAAGUACCCAUUGUGGAUCGGAGAAACUUGCGAAGGAAGGCCAAAGGCUACAAAGGUCCACCCAAGAAAAAAGGAAAGCCAGCCUAAAAUAAAUCAUUAAUUCAUCUGUUUGCACAAAGAAAAUCCCUACUUUGUUAUUUUGUGUAAAACACCAGGUUGUAACUAAACCAUAUAGGACACAGGACAUUUAAAAUAAAUACUGGGUUGGACUUCCUUUUGAGAUUCACCAUAUUUGGUCAAAGUUUCUUAAAUUUUUAACCAGUACACGUUGAUCUUCUUCAGAGUAUGAUAGUAAAUAGCCAUUCUCCUCCUUUUAUAAAGGAUACAUGCUAAAUAAAGUUGUGCUAGGAAAAGAACAGUUUGCAUAUUUCAGGUUUCAGUCUUGGAAGGAAAAAUGAAGUGUGAAAUUCUGGCUUUAUUAACGUAACUUCUGUGAGGCCAUUCAUCACAAAUUAUUUUAAAAGAAUUUAAGACAUUCUAGCGUUCUGCUUCUCUCCACAGUAGAGAACAAGAAACAUCACUCCUCUCUUCUUGUUAAUUUCCCACAGGCUUUUCCAGAUGAGGUAAAAGAAUGUCAGAUUGCAAUUCUAGGUCUCAAAAUAUACAAGUUAUAACUCUGUAGAUCAAAACAACAUAAUGUAGCAUCUGUCUUUCACUGGAGUCAAAUUGGAGAGAAUGGCCCUGCUUCUGACUCCCAAACUAGCAGAUUUCAUUUGCUAAUGACUUGAAACAUCUGAAUUACCAGUAGGAAAAUCAACACAGCAUCUACCAUAGCAUACACCUAAAAUGAAGUUCUUUAUGUGGGAAGAUUUAGAGAUGCCUACACAGUAAAACUGUAUCCCUCUGUGAAGCUAAAGUAAGAAUCUACUUUAUGCCUAUAGUUCAGGUGUACUUAUAUAGUAUUUUAGCUGUAUAAGAUGUAUUCUUACUAUUUAUUUCACCUAUUGAAGUUCAAUCCUAUUUCUAAUCCAUUUUAAAGAAGGCUUAUGUGGGAGGUGUUGUUUUUGUUGUUGUUAGACAUGUGUAUUACGUACAUUUUUGAUUCAAACUUUAGACUUCAGAGUGGAUGGGAUAACUGAGUUUCUUGGAUGGUGAGCAUAGUUGUAACUUCCUGUCAGUGUGCAGUUGCUUCUCAUGAAUCCUGUGACUGAUAAACAUUCAAGAUAUCUUACCUGAUUCAUUGUAAACACAUUCAAGGGAACCUUAAGAAUUCCUAAAACUAAUUAAACAUUUUCUAUAAGGCACAUGGGACAAACUUGUUACCAAUAGUAUGAUUUGUCUUAUAAUGCUAAAUUACUGUAAAAACAAACAGCCAAACUAAAAGAGACCCACACACAAAACAGACAUCUGUUGCAUUGCUAAGGAUGGAAUCAAGGGUUGAUGGUUUAAGAAAUGCAGAUUGUAUACAGUUUAUAGUCACCCAUGUUCAUUUGUUAAAGCAACCUUUACUUAGUACUGAUCUGUUAAGUACUUCAGUUGGUACAUGUAUUCACAGUCGCAAAUUCUGCUGUCCAUGAACAAGUGAGAGCUGCUUAUUUCCUCUAGGUGGAAUUUUUUUAUGCAUAUGUUUGUCAGUUGUAUUUCCUUGUAAGGUCAGAAAACCCUUUAUGGGAAGAUUAUUUAACUUUUGAUAUUUCUUUUCAUGGCUGACUUGGGACUAGUUUCAAUUAGUAUCUUCCUCUUAGGAUGCUUCUAUAUUGAAUGCAGGAAAAACUACAACAGAACUAUUAAAUGAGGUGAGUCUUUGUUACUGUUGGAAGCAGUCAGCUGUCUGAUCAGAUUCUACAGAGCUGUGAAAAACUGAGCUAAAAUUCACAGCUUUAGAUGGACUCUGGAGUAGCUGGCUGUGUUAGUCUGGAGUGCCUGAGGUAGUAGCCAGUGGCCAGAUUGUUAUCUACCUAUUGUGGGCAGUCCUGGUGCAAUUAACAGUUCUAAUAAGCAUUAUGGUCUUGAAACUUAGAAAUAGUUCUUAACUGUGAUCACAGCAGUACUUUGAGCUAGAAUGGAGCGUAUUUCUGUAAUAACUUCUUGGGCAUCAGUCAUCUUGCAGUAAAUACUGAGUAGCCAAAUUGAACUACUGAUUUAAAUAAUAGUUUGUAUUGUUGUGCUGAUUGUCCAAUUGGAACAGUAGUUUAAUAGCCUAUACCUUCUAUUGCAUUAAAGCAAGGCAGCUUACCUGACAACUGUAUUGACUGAAAUGUUUUACCUUGAGGAAAAAAAUGGUGUUUUAUGCCUGGACAUUUUUUCUUUGGUUGGUUCUCUGUAUGGCUUCCUACCAUUGAACUGCUAAAGAGUUUAAGGUCUUACCAUACCAGCAGCCAGUGAUUAAAACAUCAAAGUUCAAUUGUUUGUACCAAAUACUGUUACAAUAUGCCAUGGAACUGCGUAUGUAUUAUUUUUGAGCUUUAUUUAGCCAGGGAAUGGAGUUUAAAGGGUCUUUAUUUGUGACUUUCAACCUUGCACUUGAAUAGUGAAUGGUUUUGUGUUUGAAUGCAUCUCUUGUUAAAAUGUUUCUCUUGUAUUGCUUCUUAAUUUCUAACAGAACUUGCUUUGUUUCACCCAGUUCCUUUUGGUCUCUCCAUUUCAUGCAGAAUUGCUGUUUGCCAUUCUCACGUUCCAUAGCCCUUUACAUUAAAAUGCAUAUUUAUUGCAAUUUGGUUUUGUUUUAAUCAAGUCAUACUUCUUUUCCAUUUCAUUUGUGGGUGUCUGUAAUCAAACUGAUCAUGUAGAACCUAUCAACUCUACUAGGAUGAAAACAGCAAUAAAUACGCCUAAGUUUCAUCCUCUCCUCGAGUGACCAUUAAAAAAUACUAUUACCAAGGGGAUACUCUUCUAUAUUUAUUUUCAUGAAUGUGGUGUUCGAUGUUUUUUAAACUAGUGUUUAUAAAUGCUAUGAAAGAUGUGAUGCUGUUCUAGAGUACUGUACUUUGAGCUAGUGAGCGUGUUCGGAAUUUUCCUUUCUCUGUAUUGUCUUGGCUGCUUUUGAAAUUUUUUGAAACAUUAAUAAAGCUUACUUUGUGAUUUAUUUCUAA